CCUCUUUGCUGGAUUCACCCUUGCUGUGUUUUUCUGUUAUUCAUCCACCUCAGAACUAUUCCACUUGUUAUUGUUCAUUUGGGUCCCGACACUGUCCUGCUAUUUUUAUAUUCAGAAAAGUGCAGUAAAGCUAAAUUAGAAGGCACUCAUGAUGUCUUUACCUUUCUACCAAAGACACCAUGAGCAUUAUGACCGUGCAUACCGCCACAAAGCACUGCAGUCCACUGUAAGCCAGUACCAAAAGGAAGCAAAGAGCAAAUCUGCUGUCUAUGCUCAAGGAGCUACAGCUUAUAGUAGGGGCUCUGCAGCCUAUCGCCAUGCGUCUGCAGCAGACUACAGCCUUGAGUCUUCAGCAGCAUAUAGUCAUGGCUCUUCAGCCCAUGCCCUUGAGUCAGCAGCCUACAGCUAUGGAUCUACAGCCUAUGACCGUCACUCUGCUGCACACAGUAAACGGUCUGCUGCCUACAGUCUUGACUCUGAAUCCCUCAGCAAGAGCUCAGCUGCCUAUAGUCAUGGAUCUGAAUCAAUCAAUAAGCUGGCUGCAUCCUACAGGCUGGUCUGAAGCCUACAGUCUUGGGCUGAAAGAUUCCAAUAUAAUGAUUGAAGAUCAGUCCUAUAGGAUGAGUCCCAAAGCAAAGAGAGCAAAACAGAGUUUAAUCUCUGAGGACAAAGAGAACAAAGCCAUGGACUACUCAGUGCCUAUAUUCACAGGACGUGAAGUGAGUAUCAGUGGGAUCACAGACACAGAAGAAGAAAGAAUCAAAGAAAGCGCUGCCUACAUUGCCAGAAGGAACCUUUUGGCUAAAGGUGAAGGAGUUAGUGUGAGCAAAGUGGCCACUUCAGCCUCUGAAGAAGAACACCAUGAAAAAAAAUCAAGGAAAGUAGCAAUUCGGGAGUCUGCUGAACGUGUAGCCCUGAAGAAAACGCUAGAAGAUACUCAGGCAUUCCACAAAAAGUUGAAUCAAGAUAAACUUCUACAUGCUCCCGAGUUUAUUAUCAAGCCUCGUUCUCACACUGUCUGGGAAAAGCAAAAUGUCAAAUUUCAUUGCACCGUGGCUGGCUGGCCAGAACCCCACGUUACAUGGUACAAAAACAACGUGCCCAUCAAUGUACAAACUCCCCCUGGCAAGUAUAUCAUUGAAAGUCGAUAUGGACUGCAUUCACUGGAGAUUAGCACAUGUGAUUUUGAAGACACUGCUCAGUAUCAUGCUUCUGCUAUGAAUAUUAAAGGAGAAAUGUCGGCUUAUGCAUCCCUUGUGGUAAAGAGGUACAAAGGAGAAAUUGAUGCAAGUCUUCUCCAUGCUGGAACUGUUACUAUGCCUCUGAGCCUUGGUGUUACCCCGCAUGGAUAUGCUUCCAGAUUCGAAAUCAGUUUUGUUGACAAGUUUGAUGUCGCCUUUGGGAGAGAAGGCGAGACAAUGAGUCUGGGUUGCACAGUUGUCAUCAGUCCUGAUAUUAAGCGCUUCAAACCAGACAUCGAAUGGUACAGAAAUGGUGUUCUUAUUACACCAUCCAAAUGGGUCCAGAUGCAUUGGAGUGGGGAGCGAGCUUCAUUAACACUAACUCACGCAAACAAAGAAGAUGAAGGUCUUUACACUCUACGUGUGGUGAUGGGAGACUACUAUGAAGAGUACAGUGCUUAUGUCUUUGUUCGAGAUGCUGAUGCUGAAAUCCCCGGUGCCCCUGGCGCACCACUGGAUGUGCAGUGCUUAGAUGCCAACAAAGAUUAUGUCAUUGUUUCCUGGAAGCAGCCAGCUGUUGGUGGAGGAAGUCCCAUCCUUGGAUAUUUCAUCGAUAGAUGUGAGGUUGGCACCACCCACUGGACCCAGUGCAAUGAGACUCCAGUGAAGUUUGCUCGUUUUCCUGUCACUGGCUUGAUUGAAGGCCGCUCCUAUAUUUUCCGAGUCCGAGCUGUGAACAAAGCUGGCAUUAGUCUACCGUCCCGAGUGUCAGAGCCUGUGGCUGCACUGGAUCCUGCUGACAGAGCUAGGCUUAGAAGUCACCCUUCGGCUCCCUGGACCGGACAGAUUAUUGUUACUGAGGAAGAACCUGCAGAGGGCGUUGUUCCUGGUCCACCUACAGACCUCCAAGUUAUUGAAGCCACCAAGAACUAUGUUGUGCUUAGCUGGAAACCUCCUGGACAGCGGGGCCAUGAGGGUAUUAUGUACUUUGUGGAAAAGUGUGUUGCUGGCACAGAGAACUGGCAAAGAGUGAACACAGAGAUUCCUGUCAAGUCUCCUCGCUUUGCAGUUUUUGAUUUGGCUGAAGGCAAAUCCUAUUGCUUCCGGGUUCGCUGUUGCAAUUCAGCUGGAAUUGGUGAGCCUUCAGAAGCAACUGAAGCUACUGUGGUGGAUGACAAACUUGAUAUUCCCAAAGCUCCUGGCCGUAUUAUGCCAACUAGGAAUACAGACACCUCAGUUGUUGUCACUUGGACAGAACCCCCAGAUGCCAAGGAGCUGGUUGGGUACUACAUUGAGUCCAGUGUGGUUGGAUCUGGUCGUUGGGAACCAUGCAACAACAAUCCAGUGAAAGGCACAAGAUUCAUUUGCCAUGGCCUUGUCACUGGUGAGAAGUACGUUUUCAGAGUCAGAGCUGUUAAUGCAGCCGGACUCAGUGAAUUUUCACAGGAAUCAGAGCCUAUAGAAGUGCAAGCAGCCAUUGGGGGAGGAUUGCUUCAUGGUGUGUGUCCUGAACUGAGUGGUAAAGCUGGUGGACUAACAGACCGCACUACCAGUUGGGAAGGCAUGCAUGAGUCCUCCCAGCCUAUCUUUGACACAGAUGCUUUGCUAAAAUGCAAUGCUAAAUUUAAUAGAGACACACUACCCAGUAGCUCUGACAAACUGAGGAAUGCAGGAAACAAUAACAUGAGAGAAAUGGUUAAGGAUGCUACCACAUCUGCACCACAAAAAGUUGCUGCUAAGCAGGCAAGUAAGUCUCAACCCGGGGAUGCUUUGACACUGGAAAAGGUGAAAGAGAAGAAAAAUAUAGCUGCUCCAUCUCCUCCUUAUGACAUAAUGGUACUUGAGAGUGUUCGUGACUCAAUGGUACUGGGAUGGAAACAGCCUAAAGUCACUGGUGGAACUGAAAUUACUGGCUACUAUGUGAACUAUCGUGAAGUAAUUGGUGGAGUUCCUGGGAAAUGGAUGGAGGCCAACAUUAAGCCCAUUAGUGAGAGGGCAUACAGGAUUCAAAAUCUGAAGGAAAACAUGGUGUACCAGUUUCAAGUUGCUGCUGCUAACCUGGCUGGGGUUGGGACACCCUCCCUACCCAGUAAAUCCUUCAAAUGUGAAGAAUGGACCAUUGCUGUACCAGGGCCACCCCAUGAUCUCACAUGCAUAGAAAUUAGAAAAGACUCUUUGGUUUUAUUGUGGAAGGAACCAGUUUAUACUGGUCGUAGUCCUGUAGCUGGUUAUUAUGUUGAUAUGAAGGAAACUGAAGCAACAGAGGAACACUGGAGAAGUGUCAAUGAGAAGCCACUUCAAAAGAGAUUCCUGAAGAUAGGUGGCCUCAAAGAAGGUGUGAGCUACGUGUUCCGCGUGCGGGCAACAAACCAGGCUGGUGUUGGGAAACCAUCAGAUGUUACUGAUCCUGUUGUAGCUGAAACACGACCAGGAACUAAAGAAGUGGUGGUUAACGUAGAUGAUGAUGGAGUCAUUUCUUUGAACUUUGAAUGUGAUCAGAUGUCUCCAAACUCUAAGUUUGUUUGGUCGAAGAACUAUGAACCAAUUGAGGAUGACUCUCGACUGGACAUUGAUACGAAAGGCGGAAAGUCAAAAGCUACCUUUAAGGAUCUUGGAGAAGAUGAUUUGGGAAUUUACUCUUGUCUCGUUACAGACACUGAUGGAGUUUCAUCAAGCUACACAAUUGAUGAGGAAGAAAUGAAACGUCUGCUUGCUCUGAGCCAUGAACGCAAAUUCCCAACUGUCCCACUUGUCUCUGAGUUGGCGGUGGAAAUUUUGGAAAAAGGAGAAGUGAGAUUCUGGUUGCAAGCUGAAAAACUGUCUGGCAAUGCAAAGGCCAACUUUAUAUUUAAUGAUAAGGAGAUUUUUAAUGGAGAGAAAUACAAAAUGAAGAUGGACCAGAAGACAGGCCUUGUUGAAAUGAUUAUGGAUAAACUUGAGGACAAGGAUGAAGGAACUUACACUUUCCAGCUUCAGGAUGGAAAAGCAGCCAACCAAUCCAGCCUUGUCCUCAUUGGCGAUGUGUUCAAGAAGCUGCAGAACGAAGCAGAUUUCCAGAGAAAAGAGUGGCACAGGAAACAAGGUCCUCAUUUUGUGGAUAAACUGGGAUGGGAAGUUACCAGUGAUUGCAACGUGCUGUUGAAAUGUAAGGUGGCUAAUAUUAAGAAGGAAACACACAUUGUAUGGUACAAAGAUGACAGGGAGAUAAUGGUAGAUGAAGAACAUGACUUUAAAGAUGGUGUAUGUACUCUGCUGAUAUCAGAGUUUUCUAAGAAAGAUGCUGGAACUUAUGAAGUCAUAUUGAAGGAUGACAGAGGAAAGGACUCAAGUGAACUAAAGCUCACGGAUGCAGCUUUUGCGGAUCUGAUGAAUGAAGUAUGCAGAAGGAUUGCUUUAUCUGCAACAGACCUGAAAAUCCAGAGCACAGCUGAGGGUAUUAGACUGUACUCCUUUGUUAAUUAUUAUGUGGAAGAUCUGAGAGUAGGCUGGGUGCACAAUGAUGCCCAGAUUAGAUAUACAGACAGGGUUAAGACUGGUGUCACUGGGGAGCAGAUCUGGUUGCAGAUCAACGAGCCAACUCCACAAGACAAGGGCAAAUAUACAAUGGAGCUCUUUGAUGGUAAAACAGGACACAAAAAGACAGUGGAUCUUUCUGGACAAGCAUUUGAUGAAGCCUUUGCUGAAUUCCAGAGAUUAAAGCAAGCUGCAAUUGCAGAAAAAAAUCGUGCACGGGUACUUGGAGGUUUGCCCGAUGUUGUCACCAUCCAGGAAGGCAAGGCACUUAAUCUUUCUUGCACUGUCUGGGGAGAUCCUACCCCAGAGGUCUCAUGGCUGAAGAAUGAGAAAUCAUUUGUAUCAGAUGCUAAUUGCAUCCUGAAAUUUGAAUCCGGAAAAAAUGUCAGCUUUACCAUUUCUGCUGUGUCCACACUCGACUCUGGGAAGUACAGCGUUGUGGUGAAGAACAAGUAUGGCACAGAGACCAGCGAUGUUACUGUAAGUGUGUUCAUACCUGAGGAAGAUGUGGAAUCUGAGCAAGAGAAAAAAAAAGAAGAUAAGAAAAAGAAAGUGUGAAUUUAAGACUAGGAAACAGAAGUGUUGGGGGAGAUUUUGGAUGAGACACUGACGUAAUCUGUGUGCGUAAAUUGCCUUCUGCUUUAGCAGGUAGCCUUGGAUUUUUCCAUUCACUUCACUUGUGUUUCUAGUACACUUACUUGUGCCUAGGAAAACAGGGCCUUUCCUGAAUAUUUACUAACUCCUAACCUCACAGAAUCUAGUUGUGCCUUCUUCAGUCAGGCCAAACGCAUGCUGGCCGUAAACUCAAGUCCACAGUUUGAUCCUCUUCCUGGAGCAUUUAACCAAACAACACAGAUGAAAAGGGUGAAGAAGCAUUUCAGCAGAGGCAACUAAUGAAGUAGAUGGAAAGUUAAAGAAUGAUCAAGGCACUUUUGAGCAGCAGUUUAGAUUUGUUCCAACUUUGGUAAGGUAGAAUAGAUGGAAUGUAUUAGAAAAUUACAUAAUAGAGAAAUUAGUGCUGGGUUUUGUCUACAUUAAGGCCCCUUUGUAUUGCUGUGUUAAUUUAGGGAGGGCUUAAUAUGGGUGUAAUUUACAUCCAUAAAUAUUGUUUAUUUUGCCCAAUUGGGGUAAAAGUACUGUAAUAUAAGCAAAAAUUAGACUCAGGAGGCCAGAAUACUAACAUGUGAGUGUGUCAGUAAAAAUGUAUGAACUGUCCUCUAUGUUCACAAAUAA